UACCGGGAAUUGAACUCAGGGUCACUCAACCACUGAGCCACAUCCCCAGCCCUAUUUUAUUUAGAGGCAGGGUCUCCCUGAGUUGCUUAGCACCUUGCCGUUGCUGAGGCUGGCUUUGAACUCCUGAUCCUCCUGUCUCAGCCUCCUGAGCUGCUGGGAUUACAGGUUUGUGCCACCAUACCCGGCCCUCCUUUUACCUCUUUACCAUUACCUGGUCCCACCUGCCCUCAAGAGAACAGAUUUCCAUGUCUGUGCUAACUGUUCCAUGUUUUAUGCUAACUGUGCUGCUUUGUAAAUAAGAUAGUCCUCAAACAUGGAAGCUGCUGAAGUUAACCAAGGUGCACAGGUCCUCCCUAAGCUCCCCAAGUAGGAAAGCCACUUCUUGUCAGCCAUGAUUAGGGGAAGGUGGGCAAGGACAGCUUGCUUGAAGGGCUUGGGGGAGAGGACCAGUUCUGGCCCCAGGCAGUGUAGCUGGGGGCCAGUGAGAGUUCUUAAAUGAAAACCAAGUUUCCUUUUUCCUUCUGCUUUUCCUUUUCAAUUAGAAUACCGAAUUGUGUUUUCCUGGGUCUUUAGCAUUGUCAUGAAUUCUUUCAGAUGACAGAGCAAAUGCUUAAGUGGCAGGUAUAUAGCAAGUAGAGCUAGCUGUCGUGCAGUUGGAAUUUUUGUGUUGUAUAUACAUACUGGCAUCUUUUUCUUCAGUGUGAUUGUGUUUUGGAUAAUGAACUAAAUUUAACACCAUUUCAGGAAGGAAACCACAUCAGGGAGCCGAGAAGUUGGUGGGAAGGACACAAAAGGAGAGAGACGGUUCUUAGAGGGUCCUUUUGCCUCCUAUUCUGUUUAAAGAUUGUAGCUGGAAAGGUGUGAAAUUGCUGAUUCCAGAAAAACUGCUGCUUACCUGGGUCUGAAUCCUGUGGUAACUGCAUGUGGAACAGGAAGGAGAUAGAGCUGCACCCAGACCCUUCUCAUGGGCAGCAUCCAGGAUAGACACUAGGCCACAUGGGUAUGGGGGGCCCAUGGGCUACAUUGGCCGGGAUGUUGUCCUAUAUCAUCUAAGAACACAAGGAAAUGUCGUCGGCAUCCAAAUCCUAACUGGGAAAAAACUGCAGAAAGAAUGCAAGAAGAGCAGGAUGUGGUGGCCAGGCCUCUGAUCCCAGCACCUCUAGAGGCUGAGGCAGAAGGAGGAUCCCAAGUUUGAGUUCAUUCAUGGCAGCCAGGAAGCAGAGAGAGAAAGGGGAGGGGGCCACGGGGAAGAUGAAUCCUUCCAGGAAGUGCCCCCAGUGACCCACUUCCUUCAGUCUUGCCAUGCCUGUCUAUAGUUAACAUUCAGGUAGUUCAUUUAAACAAGAAUGAACUGAUUAUGUUACAGCCCUCACAAUCCGAUCAUUGAACACUCCUGUAUUAACAUAGGAGCUAUCCAGACUAUACCCAAACCAUAACAGGCUGCCAAGGUUCUCUGCUGGGGUCCAGAAAAUCGCUGUUGCAGGAGAGGGGAGUGUGGCCAAAGGAGCCUUGAUCACUGCUGAGGCUACAUGCUCUACUCCAUUUUUGCUCUGAGAGGUGGCUGUUCAUCAGGCCUGGCCCAGGUAUGUUGCCCAUGCCUUUGAAGCAUCCUUCAGGCUGAGGUCUGUCACACCACUGUGGCAGGGCCUGCAAGACCAAUGAGCAGAAGAGAAGAGAGGGCAGGCUGCAGCCCUGCAGACAGACCUGUCUUUAGUCCUGGGGCUCUAGAGUGUUUCCUGCCUACCUGGUCCUGCCCUGGUGGGGUUGGUGGAUGCUCAGUGGUAUUCCUUCACCUCCUCAGCUAUGAAAUAGUGGCUUCCUGUUGCUGGCUUGUCUCCCCCCUAUGCUGCUAUAAGUCAGAAACAUCUUUGGAUGUUAAGUGUCAUACUGAUGCAAGGUUUUGUUCCUUUACAGCCCCCCUGAAUGUGGGGCACCUUCAGGCAGCCUUGGGCCUUUACUGUCAUCUGCGUCCCUGAGCAUGACCCUGCUUCUCUUGGUGGAGAGAGGGAUUGACUACAAGACAACCACCAUCCUGCUGGACGGGAGGCGUGUCAAGCUGGAGCUCUGGGACACUUCGGGCCAGGGCCGGUUCUGCACCAUCUUCAGGUCCUACUCCAGGGGCGCACAGCUUUGUGGCUCUCUGGGUGGGUUCAGAGUGCUGCUGAAUACUGUGGUGGCUGGGUGCCUGCUGGAGAGCCACGAGGGUGUCACUGCUGAGAGAUACUCAGGACAGGGGAUCCUUUUGGUAUAUGACAUCACAAACCGCUGGUCCUUUGAUGGCAUUGACCGGUGGAUCAAAGAGAUUGAUGAGCACGCACCUGGGGUCCCCCGGAUCCUUGUUGGGAACCGGCUGCAUCUGGCCUUCAAGCGGCAAGUCCCAACCGAGCAGGCCCGUGCCUAUGCGGAGAAGAACUGCAUGACGUUCUUUGAGGUCAGCCCCCUGUGCAACUUCAAUGUUAUUGAAUCCUUCACCGAACUCUCACGCAUUGUUCUUAUGCGGCAUGGAAUGGAGAAGAUCUGGAGGCCCAAUCGAGUGUUCAGCCUGCAGGACCUCUGCUGCCGUGCCAUCGUCUCCUGCACCCCAGUGCACCUCAUUGACAAGCUUCCACUACCCGUCACCAUCAAAAGCCACCUCAAGUCGUUCUCCAUGGCUAACGGCAUGAAUGCCGUCAUGAUGCAUGGUCGCUCCUACUCCCUGGCCAGUGGGGCUGGAGGCAGCAGUAGCAAGGGCAACAGUCUCAAGAGGUCCAAGUCCAUCCGCCCGCCCCAGAGCCCUCCCCAGAACUGUUCUCGGAGCAACUGCAAGAUCUCCUAGCAGGCCAGCAGGCACCACUCUGCAGACUCGGGAAGGCUCAGUGGUGGAAGAGCGCUCCCGGGCAGGAAGACUUGGCCACACAGCCUGUUUCGGAAGCGUCCGGUUCUCCUCCACACCCAGCUAGGUGGAGGGGAGAGCACACUCCAUGGAUGAGGCCCAGGGGCCUUUGGGUAGCUGGGCUGCUGGUGCUACGGAGAUCCUGGUCUGAAUCAACCCCAGACUCAGGCUGCCUGGGCUUGGGCCAGGAGGGAGCCUGGCUCCCCUUCCUUAUUUAUAUAGAGAACAUUUUGCCUGUUUUGUACAUUUUUAAAAAGGCUGUCAGGGAAGAUGGAUGCAUCUGUGCGGUGAGCUUGCCUCUUCACGCCACAGCAGCCAUGAGGAGGGCCCAUACAUCUGGGGAAAGAGGGGCUUGAGGAGUGAUGGCAGGAGGUGCAGUCGGAACAGGAGUUCUUUAGAUUUACAUCAGAUUUGCCUGGGGUGUUGGCACUGCCCAUGCCAGUGAGAAACAGGGUACCCCAGAAGCUUCUGGCAGAGGUCUUGGCCCCAGCGUAUAACUCUGGAGAUCAGUGUGCUGGGCAUAGGCAAGGAUGUGUGACUUACAGGAAAGGGGAGAAGCAGGGUGUGAGGGGACCCCCCUCAGCCACUCCAGGGUUCCUGCUUGCUAUAACUGAGCACCCUCAGUAAUACUCACUACAUAGAUCAGGUUUCCAGGUCAAGGAGAUCUAUAGAGCCUUCUGUAGAUCUGCGAGUGACACUGGAGUGACACUGUUGGCAUCUGAACCUCCAGACACUGCCAGGACUUGUUUUCUCAGCAGCUCGUUCUCAUCUGUGGUGCCCUUUUGCCUGUGAGGUCACAUGCUACUGGAACCUCUUUGACCUGUUUCUUAGUGGUACUGCCUGGACAGCAGCCUUGUCUGCACCUUGGGCCCCUCUGGAGGACCUCCCAGCAGCCCUUGUGCCGGUGCACAGUGUCCUUAUCCUCACCCCAUGAAGCCAUGGCCUGGUCCUUCUCAGUGCUGCCCCCUUGCCUGGCACCCCCACCCUCGGCCUCACUGGUGCUCAACUCUACCUCCUGCCCUAGGGCCCCAGCCACCAAGGAGCCCUCCCUGGGCUGGGACCCCUCUCUCUGGGUCCUUCAUAGUGCACAUGGUACAGGACAGUCCUGCUGCAGGUAUUUCAGGGCACCGGUGGACAUGCAGAUGCAGCACCGUGGCUGUACUGGGAGAUGGCUCCUGUGCUGGGGAGCUUGUGUCAGGGGUGGCUCCACCAUCUCCCAACCCAGCACCCCUGUUGCUGCCAGCAAUGCCCUUUUCUCUGGAGUUGUGAACAGAGCUACACAGACUUCAUUUUGAGGAGCUGGACAGUCCCACGUGCACCAUAUCAACACUACCCUCACUGCUGCUGGACCCUGCAUUCCUGUGUCCUUUGAGCUGUUCUUCCGUUUCUUUGUACAGUAAAUGUAAUUCAGCUGUG